AUGGACGCCGGCGGCGGGAGCAUGCACGUUGUGAUGCUGCCAUGGCUGGCCUUCGGUCACAUCCUCCCGUUCACCGAGCUCGCCAAACGCAUAGCUCGGCAGGGCCACCAGGUCACCAUCCUUUCGACGCCAAGAAACACUCGACGGCUUAUCCACAUCCCACCGGACCUGGCUGGCCUUGUCCGCGCCGUCGACGUACAGCUGCCGCGCGUGGAGCACCUGCCGGAGGACGCCGAGGCUAGCAUCGACCUACCCUCCGACGACCUCCGACCGUACCUGCGCCGGGCCUACGACGCGGCCUUCGCCGACAAGCUUUCGGACAUCCUGCAGGAGCCGGGGCCGCGGAAGCCGGACUGGGUGAUCAUCGACUACGCCGCGUACUGGGCGCCCGCUGCCGCAGCGAGGCACGGAGUGCCAUGCGCGUUCCUGAGCCUGUUCGGCGCCGCGGCGGUCAGUUUCUAUGGCCCCGCGGAGGGGCUCUUGGGACGCGGCAAGUACGCAAGGACGAAGCCAGAGCAGCUAACCGUGGUCCCCGACUACGUGCCGUUCCCGACCACCGUCGCGUUCCGCGGCUUCGAGGCGCGCGAGUUUUUCACGCCGGUCUUGGUCCCGGACGAAUCUGGCGUGUCGGAAGGCUACCGGUUCGCCAAGUGCAUCGAAGAGAGCCAGCUCGUGGGCAUCAGGAGCAGCGCGGAGUUCGAGCCGGAGUGGCUGCAGGUGCUCGGCGGGCUAUACGGGAAGCCGGUAAUCCCGGUCGGCCUAUUCCCUCCACCACCCACACAAGACAUCGGCAGCCACAAGGCAGCGCUGCAAUGGCUGGACAGGCAGGCGCGGGGCUCCGUUGUGUACGCGGCGUUCGGCAGCGAGGCGAAGCUGACGAGCGCACAGCUGCAGACCAUAGCGCUCGGUCUCGAGGCUUCCGGCCUGCCGUUCCUGUGGGCAUUCAGGCAACCGGUCGAUGCCAACGAAGGCAAGAGCGGAUUGCCGGAAGGUUUCGAGGAACGCGUCGACGGCCGCGGACUCGUCUGCCGCGGCUGGGUGCCUCAGGCCAGGUUUUUGGCCCACGAAUCUGUCGGAGGGUUCUUGACCCACGCCGGCUGGAACUCCAUCAUCGAAGGCCUCGCCCGCGGCGUCAGGCUGGUGUUGCUACCGCUGAUGUUCGAUCAGGGCCUCAACGCGAGGCAUCUGACGGAGAAGAAGAUAAGCGUCGAGGUGCCGCGAGACGAGGAAGAUGGCUCGUUCGCGCCCAAAGAUAUUGCAGCUGCUUUGAGGAGGGUCGUGGUGGAGGAAGAAUGCGAGGUGUUCGGGGAUAAGGCCAAAGAGCUCGCCAAGUUGUUUGGAAAUGACGUGAUGAAUGAUCAGUGCGUGCGAGAUUUUCUCAAGUGCCUGUCGGAAUACACCAGGCAGCGACAGUCAGUAGUUGGGUUAUAG